GCGACGCCAGCAGACGACAGGGCCCGAUGCGAGUGCGCGAGUUGUAACUUAGCAGACGACUCGCUCGCACCGCCGUCUGCUCGGCGCCGCUUCCGUCGACUCCUCCUUGGGGAAGGAAAAAGAGUCUGCACGAUUCGUUUGUUCCACACUGUUGGUGGAGAAACUGCUACUAAUAGACGACAGCAAGCCGUCUGCUCUGGAUUGCCUGCGUUCGGGCCGAUGGCAGCGCUGCGGAAUUACCGUGCCAUUAGACGCCAGUGACUUUUUUACCCUGCCUCUGGAAUAAUCUGUGCAAGAGACGAAGUGGAAGAGGAGAGGAGCACGGUGUGAUACGAGACCACCACUACUUCGGGGUUGACGUUGCGAGAUCGUUCGCGGUGCAACGCCGGGUUGUUUCCAUUACUGGAAGCGUGUUGCGUGGUGGCGGCCACACUUGUUGAGCGGGAACCCCAAAUCAGGAGACUCCAAACAGCGGAAAAGUUUGGAGAGCUAGUCCUGGGCCGGCUGCGGGGAAUUCGCGUUGUUUGGGAAAGGGUAGGCGGUAACAAUCAUGGAAUAAUGCAAAAGGAUUCCCACCGUGCGUCGGGUUUCACCGCAGUGCGCUGAACGGGAAAAAGUAGUUUCUGUCUCCACCUUCGUAUCCUGGCCACCGACGACUCAACGCUACUCCUGUGAUCCAGAGCAGCAAGAGCCCUGCCCAGAGAAGACUCCAUCAUGUACAGGUACACCGAAAACCCUUCGUAUGCAGCUGAAGACCACAAGCGCGAUGCCGAGUCAGCGACGCCUGCCGGCGUCGUCCAGCACUACGGGAGUUCCGAUCCAAUCAAGUUCCUGGCGACGCUCGUCAAACAGACCGCGGCCGCCGCGGCCUCGAGCCUCUGCAACGGCACCGCGCCGCCGCUGUCCUGCGGCGGCGACUCCAGGAACGCGACUGCCGACGCCGCGUACUCGGACGGCGAGGACGACGACUUCUUCGAGUACCCCGGGAACAGGGCGGUGGAAGAGGUGCUGGGCAUCGUGGUGCCCAUCCUGUUCGGCGCCAUCGCCGUGAUCGGCUUCUUCGGCAACGCGCUCGUGGUCCUGGUCGUGCUGUGCAACCCGCAGAUGCGUUCCACCACGAACAUCCUCAUCAUUAACCUCGCCAUGGCCGACCUGCUCUUCAUCGUCUUCUGCGUCCCCUUCACGGGCUGGGACUACACCCUCAACUACUGGCCCUUCGGCGACGUCUGGUGUCGCGUCGUGCAGUACCUCGUGAUCGUGUGCGCGUACGCGAGCAUAUACACGCUGGUGCUGAUGUCGCUGGACCGGUUCCUGGCCGUGGUCCACCCGAUCACCUCCAUGUCCGUGAGGACGGAGCGAAACGCGUACCUGGCCAUCCUCCUCACCUGGGUCGUCAUCCUGCUCGCUUGCAUUCCCGCGCUCUUCGCCCACGGCAUGAUCGUCCUCAACGACAGUUUUUCCUCCUGCACCUUCCGGGUGGACCUGGGAUACAACAUCGCGGCUUUUCAGAUAUCCUUCUUCAUGUCGUCCUUCGUGAUUCCGCUGGCGCUCAUAUUCGUACUUUACGUCUUGAUGCUCAAGAGGCUCUGGUUUGGAACGGCGCCCGGAGGCAGGGUCAGCGCGGAGAGCGUGCGAUCCAAGAAACGGGUCACCCGACUCGUAGUGGUGGUCGUGGUCGUGUUCGCCGUGUGCUGGUGUCCUGUUCAGGUGGUACUCGUGCUGAAGAGUGUGGACAUCUACGGGCUGCCGAUGAACCCUCCGCGCAUUGUGGUGCAGAUCGCUUCGCAGAUUCUGGCGUACACGAACUCCUGUGUGAACCCGUUCCUCUACGCUUUCCUCUCGGACAACUUCCGCAAGAGCUUCCGGAAGGUCAUCUUCUGCUACCGGAAGACGCCGGCGGCGGUCGGCUCCUGCCCGACGCGGACGCGGGGGGAGGAGAUCGACUUCGCCGAGCGAGAGACGCUUGCCAACCCUGCGAACAAGGCCCCCAAAAUCAUGAACGACAUACUGUAACGAAGACUGCGAUGGUGCGCCGUCAACCGAAGCAUCGGGCCCUACUGGCACCACAUUUCUUUCCCCAUCAAGGAAGCUGCAUUCCGUCAUUCGGCAGUUCUGCGCUGUGUACGUCCUGUGUCGUUGACAGAGUGUGACUGUCCAAUGUCUGCAUAUGAUGCAGUUCCAAAAACGUGACAAUGGUGUUAACGAAGUUCGCUGGCUAAAAAAAGAAAUUUACUUCAAUCAGAAUUCAGCCUACCACGCUACGGAUGACGCAACAUUAAUCAAACGACCGAAAGUAAGAUAACCGUUUGUCUUCGAGAAAUAGUUUCAACAUCACCGCCUCACCAAGCUGCUACUAAUCGCCUACACGCCACUUUAUGCCAUCACAAAACACAGCAGACAUCGUAGCGUGUCCGCCCAGUGUUGUAUAAAUGGGUCUUCUUCAA